CUCGUUCCACCCUCGCCCAGGACCGAAACACACAACCAUUCUAGCUGACGACAAGAGGGAUCCUCAGCGCCGCCGACGACUCCUGGUGGGAUGGAGGGGGGCUAGUCGCCCGGAUACUCCCUUCUGAUGUUUUAUCUCCAGCUGUCUGAGGGAUAAUCGAUGAGACGCGCGUUUCUUGAUGGGACCGGCUGGCAAUGCGAAGGAAAGAAGAGUCGGGUCAAAGUUUUCAGCGGGGGACCGAAAGGGACGGAACUUGCCGGAGAGUGAGCGACGCUUGUGAGCACCGAGGCUGCCGCCAUGCCUGGAUCAGGAGAUCCCCGGCGCCGUUAGCCCUCGCCCAAAUCCCGUCACCUGGGCCCGCUGACGCCCUCAUGACUCCAGGCCGCCUGGCUCACAACCACCCCGUUGACCUCCACUGUAGCCGGGAACGUCCGGACACAUCCAGGCGCGGCCGACCUGGGGCACCCCGGGGUCACCUUUGCCCUUGAUGCAUGGAUCCCAACAGGACCGGGGGCAGAGGAAUGAAGAGGAACAUGCUCCUCUGGUGGACUUUUGUGCUUUUCUCCCAAGGAUUUGUAUCUCGCGACGUCCAAGGGGAACUUCCUUUUAUUUCUGGAAAUAAUGCUGCCAUGCUGGUCAACUGGAACGCUGUUGAUGGAAACAAGAAGUUGUUCGCCAUCUACGACACCAGCGUCAACGAGCCGGGCAACAUGUCUUUUGUGAAGGAGACGGUGGACAAACUACUGAAGGGGUACGACAUCCGACUGAGGCCGGACUUCGGAGGUGCCCCCGUUGCCGUCGGCAUGAGCAUAGACGUGGCGAGCAUAGACAUGGUGUCAGAAGUCAACAUGGACUACACCCUGACCAUGUAUUUCCAACAGUACUGGAGGGACAAGCGUCUAGCCUACCUAGGAAUCCCCCUCAACCUGACACUGGACAACAGGGUUGCUGACCAACUCUGGGUCCCCGACACCUACUUCCUCAACGACAAGAAGUCUUUCGUCCACGGCGUCACGGUCAAAAACCGCAUGAUCCGCCUGCAUCCAGACGGAACGGUCCUCUACGGACUCAGGAUAACUACAACAGCGGCGUGUAUGAUGGAUCUCAGGAGGUAUCCCCUGGACGAGCAGAACUGCACUCUGGAGAUAGAGAGCUAUGGCUACACCACAGACGACAUCGAGUUCUACUGGAAGGGAGGCGAUUCGGCGGUGACGGGGGUGACGAGGAUCGAGCUGCCGCAGUUCUCCAUUGUCGAUUACAAGCUGGUGUCCAGAAACGUCGUCUUUUCCACAGGUGCCUACCCGCGACUGUCUCUGAGCUUCAAGCUGAAGAGGAACAUCGGCUACUUCAUCUUGCAGACAUACAUGCCAUCGAUCCUGAUUACCAUCCUGUCCUGGGUGUCCUUCUGGAUAAACUAUGAUGCAUCGGCAGCCAGAGUGGCUUUAGGGAUCACCACUGUGCUGACCAUGACCACCAUCAACACCCACCUGAGGGAGACGCUGCCCAAGAUCCCCUACGUCAAGGCCAUCGACAUGUACCUGAUGGGCUGCUUCGUCAUGGUCUUCCUGGCCCUGCUCGAGUACGCCUUCGUCAACUACAUCUUUUUUGGGAGGGGUCCUCAGAUGCAGAAGAAGCUGGCGGAGAAGGCAGAGAAGGCCAACAAUGAGAGGUCUGCCAAGUACGACGCCGCAAGGGAGGCAGGUAGUAGGACCGCGUCCCUAAAACGGUCCAAUCAGGUUAAAGGUCUACGCCACUCACGCUCGGCGGAACCCCACGGCCACGGGAACAUCCUGCUGACCACCCUGGAGAUCCACAACGAGGUGGCGGGAGGCGAGAUCACCACCAGCGUGGCGGACAUUAGAAACUCUCAGUCCAUGGUGCAGUUGGACAGCACGGCCUCGUCGCACAUCCAGUACCGCAAGCAGAGUGGCGGGAUCGGGCCGCGCUCCGCCAGCCGCCACUCCCUGGACCGGGCCGCCCAGAUAAAACGUAGCCGCCUGCGGAGGCGGUCCUCGCAGCUCAAAAUCAAAAUCCCCGACCUGACGGAUGUGAACGCCAUUGACCGCUGGUCACGGAUCAUCUUCCCCUCUGUUUUCUCACUGUUCAACCUCAUCUACUGGCUCUACUAUGUCUGAUUGAACUGUUGUUGGUGUUUGUUGUGGUUUGUGUGACUCUUUUUUCUUUUUUUUUCAUUUCAUUUGUUUUUCUUCCUUUUUUUUCUGUUGCUUUUCUACACGAUGGAACCUGUCGAGUUAAAGACAGCAACACCACAAGACAAAAAGGAAAAACAGACUGAGAAGAGACUGAGCUCUGGACCAAGUUCUCAUCAAAAUUGUUUUUAUAUUUGCAGUCUUUGAUUCCUUAGUACCGAGUUCUUUUUAUUUUCUAAAGUAUGUACUGUAAUUGGGACUUGUGACGGUCAUUUCCCAACAUUUGCCCUCUCAGUAAUGUUGUAAAUAGCGAGAUACAAAGCCAGCAAUUGAAUAAAUAACACAGUAUUUGCAAAAAAAAAACAAACAAUUGAAAACAUAUAUAGACACAGUCAAAGCAAAGAUUUUUCUAAUCGAGAGAAUAUUUAAAAGCUCUUUAUACUACGCGGAUGUUCAGGUGAAUGCAGGCAAUUCCUAAAAAAAAAUACAAUAACACUGGUACCCUAUGCACAACUAAUGCAUGCAAUGAUCAGCAGUAGUGGAAUAAUAAUGGCUAAUCUUUGCCUUGGUUUAUGGCACAACUCCACAUAAACAGACUGACACUUGCUAACUAACUACACUGCAUGAUCCGGUAAACCUUUACCCAAACACAAUAAGUUAAAUCUGAGGGUUUAAUCCUCUGUUCAGGAUGAUUGUGACUCAGGUUGUGAACUUUUUUUGGCAUCUUCUUAAUGGAGAAAAAAAAUAUAUAUCGCAGAAAUAUCCUUUUUGGUCGUUUGAUAAAGGGCGG